GUCUCGUCUUCGUCGUUGGGUCGCUUCGUCGAAGAAAUUUGUCGACAGCGCGCGACCGAAAGAGUUCCGUCGCUUGCCAGGCCUCUGACGAGAUGUCCAGACCGGACUAUGGAGCUGCGCCUGGUCUCGGUGGCGGCAGUGGACCGGGAGCUCAAGAUGCGAGCGACAAGCUAGCUUACUCGUGCGCCGAUUGCGGGCAAGACAACAACAUCGAACCCAAGGCGCCCAUCAGAUGCAAUCACUGUGGCUGUCGGAUCGUCUUCAAGAAGCGAGGCAAGAAGAUGGCAGCACCGCCAGGGUUUGCAGGUUCAGUUCGAAGCCCGGUGACGGCGCACAUCGUGCUUAAUCGGACUAUGCAUACGUCUAUUGCUCCCCUCUAUAUCUGGGCAAAAGCAAUGGCAGGCUGUUGUACUCUCGACUGCAUCGCUCAUGCAGAUUCGAACUCUCUUCCUCGACAACCUUGCAAUAUCGAUCAGCCAGUCCCAACACUUGACCAUCUAUGA